UGAUGCUGACUGUUCGGUCUCCCUAGAAUAUUGAUAAGGAUGCUGAUCUCCUUUGUGUUUUUGUUUACUUUAUUGGUUGCUAACGCUUAUUCCUUUGGUGAUAAAGUACCUUUAGGUGCCGUUUUUGAACAAGGGACUGACGAAAUUCAAACAGCUUUUAAAUUUGCUGUAGCAAAUCAUAACAAAAACCUUACAGGACGAAGAUUCGAACUACAGGCUUUUGUGGACAUUAUUAAUACAGCAGAUGCAUUUAAAUUGUCAAAAUUAAUUUGUGGUCAAUUUCAAAGAGGAGUACACGGUAUCCUUGGAGCGGUAUCGCCUGAUUCCUUCGACACUCUGCAUUCCUACAGCAACACUUUUCAAGUCCCGUUUGUAACACCCUGGUUCCCAGAACACGUCCCUUCACCUACGUCAGGAUUUCUGGACUACGCCAUAUCCAUCAGACCUGACUAUCAUAGAGCCAUCAUCGAUACCAUAAAUUUUUAUGGAUGGGACAGCAUCAUUUAUUUGUAUGAUUCUCAUGAUGGAUUACUGAGGUUACAGCAAAUAUAUCAAGGACUUUCGCCAGGAAGUGAGCCGUUCAAGAUAGCGACCGUGAGAAGGAUAAGCAACGUUUCCGAUGCAUUGCACUUCCUCAGAAAUAUUGAGGAAUAUCGCAGAUGGGACGCCAAACACGUUGUCCUUGAUUGCUCAGCCGAAACCGCAAAAGAAAUUGUUGUUAGCCAUGUUAGAGACGUUGCAUUGGGAAGAAGAACUUAUCAUUAUCUUUUAUCGGGACUGAUUAUGGAUGAUCGAUGGGAAAGCGAAGUGGUGGAAUAUGGUGCGGUCAAUAUUACCGGCUUCCGCAUAAUAGAUACGACAAGGGCAAAUGUGAAAGCCUUUUUGGAGGGCUGGAGACGCUUAGACCCCAUUACAAUGAGAGGAGCCGGAAAAGAUACCGUAUCAGCCCAAGCAGCCCUGAUGUACGACGCUGUCUUUGUCCUUGCAGAAGCCUUUAAUAAACUGCUAAGAAAAAAGCCUGACAGUUUUAGAAAUGUACCUCGUACUAACGGUAGCAAAGGAAUGGAUUGCAAUACCGUUAGCACACGCGUUAUACCAUCAGAGCAUGGGGAUAAGAUUUCCAGACUUUUGAGAAAGGUUGAAAUUGAAGGACUAACAGGAGAAAUACAGUUCAAUGAAGAAGGAAAACGACAGAACUAUACUUUUCACGUUGUGGAAAUGACUGUAAACAGUGCUAUGGUGGAAGUGGCUAAAUGGAGCGAUCAAACGGGAUUUACACCUAUCGUAGCCAAAUACAUUAGACCAACCCAUUUUGUACAAAAGAAUCGUACUUACAUUGUUACAACCAUUGUGGAAGAGCCGUAUAUAAUGCUGAAGAAGCCGGAAGCUGGCGAAAUCCUCAUUGGUAACGACCGCUUCGAGGGAUAUUGCAAAGAUUUGGCGGAUUUGAUAGCAAAAAGAAUCGGAAUAAAUUAUGAGCUAAGGAUCGUCAAAGAUGGAAAAUACGGUUCCGAAAACUCCGAUGUCAAAGGAGGCUGGGAUGGAAUGGUCGGGGAACUUGUACGCCAAGAAGCGGAUAUUGCGAUAGCAUCAAUGACAAUAACUUCGGAAAGAGAAAGAGUUAUCGACUUCAGCAAGCCGUUUAUGUCCCUUGGCAUCUCUAUCAUGAUAAAGAAGCCGGUGAAGCAGAAACCUGGAGUUUUCAGUUUCCUCAGUCCGCUUUCGAAAGAGAUCUGGGUCUGUGUUAUUUUCAGCUACAUCGGGGUCAGCAUCGUCCUAUUCACCGUCUCCAGGUUUUCCCCUUAUGAAUGGAGAUUGCUCCACUUAACCGGAGAGCACAAAACUCCCGCGGGACAUUCCGGUUACGGAAACUCCAUGGCUAAUGAUUUCAGUAUGCUCAAUUCGUUGUGGUUCGCACUGGGAGCUUUCAUGCAACAGGGAUGCGACAUAUCACCGAGAUCGGUUUCAGGAAGGAUUGUGGGGGCUGUUUGGUGGUUUUUCACCCUCAUACUCAUAUCAUCUUACACUGCCAAUUUGGCCGCUUUUCUCACAGUCGAAAGAAUGGUUGCUCCAAUUAAUUCGGCCGAAGAUUUGGCCACUCAAAGAGAAGUUGAAUAUGGAACAUUGUACCAUGGUUCCACAUGGGACUUCUUCAGGAGGUCUCAGAUCUCGCUCUAUUCAAAAAUGUGGGAAUAUAUGAGCUCAAAACCACACGUUUUCGUGAAAAGUUAUGACGAAGGAAUCAGAAGGGUUAGACAAUCGAAGGGCAAGUACGCCUUGUUAAUAGAAUCGCCGAAAAACGACUACAUCAAUCAAAGGGAACCUUGCGACACCAUGAAAGUGGGCGAGAAUUUGGAUUCAAAAGGAUUUGGCGUUGCUACACCUUUGGGCUCGCCACUCAGGGACAGCAUCAACUUGGCAGUUCUCAGUCUGAAGGAGUCGGGCGAGCUCAGGAAAUUGAUGAAUCGAUGGUGGUACGAUCGAACCGAGUGCAAACAUGGAGAUAAACAGGACGCCUCGAAAUACGAAUUGUCGCUGAGUAACGUCGCGGGCAUAUUUUAUAUCCUAAUAGGAGGACUGUUCAUAGCCUUAUUCGUUGCCCUGAUGGAGUUCUGCUAUAAAUCUCACUCGGAGGCAACGAGGGCCAAGAUUUCUCUCGGAGACGUGAUGAAGGCAAAAGCCAGGUUAACGAUUGGAGUCGGAAGAGACAUUGAUAACGGCAGGUAUUAUACCCCUGCAAAUCAAAUCGCGAGUGGUCCCGAUCAAGAACAAGCGCAUAGCAACACACAUACACAAGUAUAAAUCUAUCAAACAUGUAGAAAUUUAAUUUAUCUUUAGAUUUUAUAUUUACGGAACAUACAUAUUUGUAGGGCCUAUUAAUGUAAACGUACGUUGUUGUGUAUUUAGUAAUGUAAAUGUUUGGGUGUAUUAACACAUUGGUUGUUGAUAAUUAAAAUCAAACUAAGUUGUACUGAUUCA